CGAGACUUUGGAGGAGACAGGUGGGGCUCAUCUCGAUCAGGAAAUCGCGGUAUGAGCAGGAGAGAGGAAGAAGAGAUCCUCAAACUUUUUGAGUCUUCCAAGAAUGCAACGGGGAUUAACUUCGACAAGUAUGAAGAUAUUCCAGUAGAGGUCGCGCCAUCGAUGGAGAAGAUCGGUGUCAGGAGCAUAGAAACCUUCCAGGAUGACCUUGGUUUGGCUGGACCUAUCAUGGACAACAUCAACAGGGCUGGUUACAAGAAACCGACCCCUGUUCAGAAGUUUGCAUUGCCUAUUCUAGUCGCCAACUUCGAUAUCAUGGCGUGCGCCCAAACGGGCUCGGGCAAGACUGCAGCUUUCCUCUUUCCGAUGAUCUCGGUGAUCUUGAAAGCCCCACCUGCGCCGCCAGCGGGCAAUGGAAGGUCGUCGUACCCCCGCGGACUCAUUCUUGCACCGACCCGCGAGCUUGUUCAGCAAAUUUUCGAUGAAGCCCGGAAGUUCUGCUAUAAGACUGGCCUCAGAUGCGCAGUAGCGUAUGGUGGCGGAGAGAACAUCCGUGACCAGCUGAGGGAAGUUGAGCGUGGAGCUGACAUCAUUGCUGCUGCUCCUGGACGCCUUGUAGACUUCAUGGAGAGAGGCAAAGUCAAGUUAUGCGACGUCAUGUUCUUGUGCCUUGACGAAGCUGAUCGAAUGCUGGACAUGGGUUUUGAACCUCAGAUCCGUCGCAUCGUGGAAGAUUCUGAUAUGCCUGGAAACGACAUGCGUCAGACUCUCCUCUUCUCGGCCACCUUCCCGCGCGAGGUCCAGCGCCUUGCACAGGAUUUCUUGCGCCGUGACUUUGCUACUUUGACCGUUGGGAGGGUUGGUGCUGCAACAGACACCAUCGUCCAGAAGAUUCUGUUUGCUCGUGACAAUCAGGAGAAGUGCGGGAUGUUGGUAGAUGUUCUGCUUUCGCAAGGAGUAGAAGGAGAGCGUGUUCUGGUCUUCGUCGCAACGAAGCGUGAAGCCGACAUGCUCGAGGAGUUCUUGUACCGUGAGGGCUUUCCUGCCACUUCCAUCCAUGGAGAUCGCAGCCAACCCGAGCGUGAAAUGGCUCUUCGCUCCUUCAGGGCAGGCAAGGAGAAAGUUCUGGUUGCGACCGACGUUUGCGCCCGUGGCAUUGAUAUCCCCAACGUUGCUAUGGUGGUCAACUACGACAUGCCAAACUGCAUCGAAGAUUACGUUCACCGUAUUGGCCGUACGGGACGUGCUGGAAACGAUGGGCAAGCAACUUCCUUCAUCACUCCCAAGGAUGCUCGCUUGGCCAAGGAUCUUGAGAAAAUCUUGGUUGACGCCCGACAAGAAGUUCCACCAUUCCUUGACGAGAUGGCAAGAAGUGCUCGUUUUGGCAGCGGGGGAGGAUACGGAGGCAGAGGGGUGGAAGGUGGGGAGGAGGAGGAGGAGGAGGGCGCUAUGGAUCUGGCGGGGGUUGGGGAGACCGUUGGGGAGAUCGUGGAGGAGGAGACCGCGGAGGAGGAGAUCGUGGUGGUGGAGGAGGCGGCUCGAGGUGGACAGAUGACGCAUGGGAUAACUGAGAGGGACAACAUGGUUGUUGCCCUGGGUGUAAUGUACGUUCUUUCGUAUUUGGUGCUGCAAAGAUUGUUUGAGUUGGUGGCGUUUCCGCGCGAAGAGGCGGAGAGAGUGGUUGGCGAGUGGAGCAGCGCACACGUGCAGGGGCUUUGCUAUGUCAGCUGGAGCAACGCUUGUUGAAACUCACCGACGGUUUCUGUGGUGCGUGUGAUGUGCGAGCUCCAGCCUUUGCCAUCCUCGGCCUCACUGACGUUGGCAAGGGCAACGAUGCGCGGCAGGCAGGAUUCAGCCCUAGUCUGCUGUGUCCAGUCUUCUAUUCAUUACUAGUUUGAUCCCACAUGGAAUUCGCAAAAAAAUAUCUGCCGAGGUAAUGUUUUCAUAUUGCGAGUUCGUUGAAAAACCAUAAGAGAAAAACUAAAGAGCCCCGAAUAAAUAAAUAUGGGAAUCUGACAUGUCAAUUCCUAGUCAACCUUCACUUAACCUAUUUCAAUUCACAUGAUAGCUACGAGAAUUCUCACCAUUUAACCCCUAGAGUCUCUUGACUCCUCACUUGUUGUCCUUGGAGGAGGAGGAGGAGAGUAGUGCCUUCUUCCACUCGUUGCUUGUUGGAACUCCGUUCACACCCUCCACAACCAGCGCGAAGUUUGGCUCCGCCUCGACCUCCUUGACCGGAGCCUUGUGCGAUCCACCGUUGAUGCCAUUAGCGACUGGGUGCACAUGGUCCUCCGCACCAGCAGCCUCGUGCUCCUCCUUGUACUUGUCAAUCAUCUCUCCGUUCUUCUCCUCCCAGUCCAGCUGUUGCUUGCUCUUCUCUGCCAACUUCACUGUCAACCCCUGCUUGGCCCCGAUCGACGGCACGUCAGCUCCGUUUAGCUUGUCAACUGCUGCAUUCGCCUGCUCCGCGUUUGCCAACGUAACGAAGCCGAAGCCUCUGGAGCUCUUCGUCUCGUUGUCUCGCACAACAAAAGCGUCCGUAACUCUUCCGUAAGUAGAGAAUUCCUCUGCAAGGAUCUCCUCAGAGCAUCGAAAAGAGAGCCCCCCAACAAAAAGCUGACAGCCACAAGCCACUGCUAGAUGCCUCUUCUCCAUUAUUUUCUCCCUCUC